UUUAAAUACUGUUGCUGACCGUGUCUCGAAAAAGUAAGGUAUUACAGUAAAAGGUGCAUCUAAAAUAAGCCUCCGUUCACCAACUAGCUCGCUGUGGCCUCUAUUUAUGGCCACAUGCCCUCCACUUUCUACCGCACCUUCUACCCCGUCACCGUCACAACCACCGCAGCCGCCACCGCAGUAAUCAGAUUUCCGGUGUCGUCGCCGUCACACAUCUACCAUUCCCGCCGCCGGAGGAGAAGGAUCUCAACUCCGGCGCCGGCAUCCCUGAAGGUUUCAGUGAGGAAUAUUUGUAGCAGUGGUAUGGGAUAUACACAUGGUAAUUGUAAGGAGGAUCAUCAUCGGGAGAAGACGCCGCCGCCGCCGCCAUUGAGGCCGUUAUCGAAGUCUGCUAAGCUGCUUACAUUGCCUACAAUUUUGACAAUCGGACGUGUAUCUGCUAUUCCCAUUCUCGUUAGCACAUUCUAUGUUGAUAGCUGGUGGGGACCAAACGCUACAACAGGUAUAUUUAUUGCCGCAGCAAUAACUGAUUGGCUUGAUGGAUACCUUGCUCGCAAGAUGAAUUUAGGAACUGCCUUUGGUGCAUUUUUAGAUCCAGUGGCUGAUAAGCUAAUGGUUGCUGCAACCUUGAUCUUGUUGUGCACCAGACCUUUGGCGGCUAGUGUGUUUGGACAAUUACCGUGGCUACUAACUGUACCUUCAAUUGCUAUAAUUGGCAGGGAGAUAACUAUGUCCGCUGUUAGAGAAUGGGCGGCUUCUCAGGGUGGUAAACUUUCAGAGGCUGUUGCUGUGAAUAACUUGGGGAAGUGGAAAACAGCCACUCAGAUGACUGCAUUAACCAUUCUUCUCCUUACCAGAGAUAGCAGUUUAUCAGGUUCUGGAACUUUUGUCUCUUCUGGUGUGAUCUUGCUAUAUGUUUCAGCAUGGUUAGCUGUAUGGUCUCUCGUCGUGUACAUGAGAAAGAUAUCAAAAGUAUUGUUGAUGUAGAAAUCAUGUCCAAUUAUUACAUUUUGGCUCAUGCUACUACUAGCUGUGGAGGAGAUACACAAGCUGAUCCAUAUUCUGCAAAAGGAAACUGCCUUUUGAAGGUAUUUGCAGUCACAUCCCGAGUACGAAUGAAGUUGCUAACUCAAUUCCGACAUCCCUCACUCCAUAUUUAUCUGGUGCAACAUUUUGGUUGUGACAUAAAGAGAAACGAAAAUGUUGGCUGUGUUCAAUGUUUGGUUUUUCACUUCAUUCUUUAACCAUAUUCUUUGUCGAAAUUGGAAAGCUCAAUAGGAAUUAUAUCAUCAAAUUCGUGGAAUUUGCUAUAUGUAUUGUAACCUAUUCUGGCAGGAGAAAUUUAUAGUCAAAUAUUAUUCCGGUUGAACCGGAUUGAUA